GGCAGCGGCGGAUAAAUGCUAUUAGAGCAGCCUCCGCGGAGCCGUCCCCGACGCCACCUCCCGUCUCCUCCGCCGCAGUUUCCUCCGCCGCUGUCGGGGGUGCAGAGCUGAGGGGCUUGGGCAGGCGCGCCGCGCUGCUCCUCUCCCGUCGCCCGCCUCGCUGUCCUCCGCCCCGAGGGCUCCGCUGGGCGCCCCUCCUCAGCCGCGCCGGGUCUCCUCAGCGCACCGCCGCGGCCUGCGCUGCCUGCGGCCGGCUGGCAGCCGAGGCGACGCACACUUGCGGCGGGGCGGGAGGCUCGCAGCCCCUCGGGUGGGCUCGGCGAGGCCCGGCCGCGUGCGGCGGUUUCUGGGGGAGGGGGCUCGGGUGAUUCAGCGCCCGGUCAGGCGGAAGCGGCCGCCGCCGCGGAGGAGGAGAAAAAGGAGGGGACAGCUGUCCGCGCCCGGGCGCCCGCGGUGGCACGAGCCCGCGGCCCGAGUGCGAGGCGGAGGCGAGGAGGCCGCGGGGACGCGAGGCAAGGCCGGCCGGGGCCCCCGCAGCCAUGGAGAACGCUCACACAAAGACCGUGGAGGAGGUGCUGGGCCACUUCGGCGUCAACGAGAGCACGGGGCUGAGCCUGGAGCAGGUCAAGAAGCUCAAGGAGAGAUGGGGCUCCAACGAAUUACCGGCUGAAGAAGGAAAAACCUUGCUGGAACUUGUGAUUGAGCAGUUUGAAGACUUACUAGUUAGAAUUUUACUGCUGGCAGCAUGUAUAUCUUUCGUUUUGGCUUGGUUCGAAGAAGGGGAAGAAACGAUUACAGCCUUUGUAGAACCUUUUGUAAUUCUGCUUAUAUUGGUAGCCAAUGCAAUUGUGGGUGUAUGGCAGGAAAGAAAUGCUGAAAAUGCAAUAGAAGCGCUUAAGGAGUAUGAGCCUGAGAUGGGCAAAGUGUACCGGCAGGACAGGAAGAGCGUGCAGCGGAUUAAAGCCAAGGACAUCGUUCCUGGGGACAUCGUGGAAAUCGCUGUUGGUGACAAAGUUCCUGCUGAUAUUAGAUUGACAUCCAUCAAGUCCACAACUCUAAGAGUUGACCAGUCGAUUCUUACAGGUGAGUCUGUCUCAGUCAUCAAGCAUACUGACCCUGUCCCUGACCCACGAGCUGUUAAUCAGGACAAAAAGAACAUGCUCUUUUCUGGUACAAACAUUGCUGCUGGGAAAGCCAUGGGAGUGGUGGUGGCAACUGGAGUUAAUACUGAAAUCGGCAAGAUCCGGGAUGAAAUGGUGGCAACAGAACAGGAGCGAACACCCCUCCAGCAGAAGCUAGAUGAGUUUGGGGAGCAGCUUUCCAAAGUUAUCUCCCUCAUUUGCAUUGCAGUCUGGAUCAUCAACAUUGGGCAUUUCAAUGACCCAGUCCAUGGUGGCUCUUGGAUCAGAGGUGCCAUCUACUACUUUAAGAUCGCAGUGGCCCUGGCUGUUGCUGCCAUCCCUGAGGGUCUGCCUGCUGUCAUCACCACCUGCUUGGCUCUUGGAACUCGCAGGAUGGCAAAGAAAAAUGCUAUUGUUCGAAGUCUGCCUUCUGUGGAAACCCUUGGUUGUACUUCUGUUAUCUGCUCAGACAAGACAGGCACACUUACCACAAACCAGAUGUCCGUCUGCAGGAUGUUCAUUCUGGACAAAGUGGAAGGUGACACUUGUUCCCUUAAUGAGUUUACCAUAACUGGAUCCACAUAUGCACCCAUUGGAGAAGUGCAAAAAGAUGAUAAGCCGGUGAAAUGCCAUCAGUAUGAUGGGCUUGUAGAGUUAGCCACAAUCUGUGCUCUGUGUAACGACUCUGCUCUGGAUUAUAAUGAGGCAAAGGGUGUGUAUGAAAAAGUUGGAGAAGCUACAGAGACUGCGCUCACGUGCCUGGUAGAGAAGAUGAAUGUAUUUGAUACCGAACUGAAGGGACUUUCUAAAAUCGAACGUGCAAAUGCCUGCAACUCGGUCAUAAAGCAGCUGAUGAAGAAGGAAUUCACUCUGGAGUUUUCACGUGAUAGAAAAUCAAUGUCUGUCUAUUGUACACCAAACAAACCGAGCCGGACAUCCAUGAGCAAGAUGUUUGUGAAGGGUGCUCCUGAAGGUGUCAUCGAUAGGUGCACCCACAUCCGAGUUGGAAGUACCAAGGUCCCCAUGACUCCUGGUGUCAAACAGAAGAUUAUGUCUGUCAUCCGGGAGUGGGGCAGUGGCAGUGACACGCUGCGGUGCCUGGCUCUGGCUACUCAUGACAACCCACUGAGGAGAGAGGAGAUGCACCUGGAAGAUUCUGCGAACUUCAUCAAAUAUGAGACCAACCUGACUUUCGUUGGCUGUGUGGGCAUGCUGGAUCCUCCCAGGAUUGAAGUAGCCUCUUCUGUGAAGCUGUGCCGGCAAGCGGGCAUCCGGGUCAUCAUGAUCACUGGGGACAACAAAGGCACUGCUGUGGCCAUCUGUCGCCGCAUCGGCAUCUUUGGGCAGGAUGAGGAUGUGACAUCAAAGGCUUUUACUGGGCGAGAGUUUGAUGAAUUAAGCCCCUCAGCCCAGAGAGAUGCCUGCUUAAAUGCCCGCUGUUUUGCUCGAGUUGAACCUUCUCACAAGUCCAAGAUCGUCGAGUUCCUUCAGUCCUUUGAUGAGAUCACAGCUAUGACUGGUGAUGGUGUGAACGAUGCUCCUGCUCUGAAGAAAUCAGAAAUCGGAAUUGCCAUGGGUUCAGGUACUGCGGUGGCUAAGACUGCCUCCGAGAUGGUCCUGGCAGAUGACAACUUCUCCACCAUUGUGGCUGCCGUGGAGGAGGGGCGAGCCAUCUACAACAACAUGAAGCAGUUCAUCCGCUACCUCAUUUCCUCCAACGUGGGGGAAGUGGUCUGUAUCUUCCUGACAGCAGCCCUUGGGUUUCCUGAAGCUUUAAUUCCUGUCCAGUUACUCUGGGUCAAUCUGGUGACAGAUGGUCUGCCUGCCACUGCACUGGGAUUCAAUCCUCCAGACCUGGACAUCAUGAACAAACCCCCCCGGAACCCAAAAGAACCUCUGAUCAGCGGCUGGCUCUUCUUCCGUUACCUGGCUAUUGGCUGUUAUGUUGGCGCUGCCACCGUGGGUGCUGCUGCAUGGUGGUUCAUCGCUGCUGACGGGGGUCCGAGAGUCUCCUUCUACCAGCUGAGUCAUUUCCUACAGUGCAAGGAGGACAACCCAGACUUCGAUGGAGUGGAUUGUGCAAUCUUUGAGUCCCCGUAUCCAAUGACAAUGGCACUUUCUGUUCUUGUAACCAUAGAGAUGUGUAAUGCCCUCAACAGCUUGUCUGAAAACCAGUCUUUGCUGAGGAUGCCCCCCUGGGAGAAUAUCUGGCUCGUGGGCUCCAUCUGUCUGUCCAUGUCACUUCACUUCCUGAUCCUCUACGUGGAGCCUUUGCCACUCAUUUUCCAGAUCACACCGCUGAAUCUGACCCAGUGGCUGAUGGUGCUGAAAAUCUCCUUGCCUGUGAUCCUCAUGGAUGAGACGCUCAAGUUUGUGGCUCGAAACUACCUGGAACCCGGUAAAGAGUGUGUGCAGCCUGCCACCAAAUCCUCCUGCUCCCUGUCGGCAUGCACCGACGGCAUUUCCUGGCCGUUUGUGCUGCUCAUUAUGCCCCUGGUGGUCUGGGUCUACAGCACAGACACUAACUUUAGCGAUAUGUUCUGGUCUUGACUGACAGCGCUACAUACAGAAGAUGUUUAACUUAAUCAAUUAAUUUUUUUAUUGUUUAAAGCAACUGUCUAUUUCUGCUGAAUUUUCACAUGAACAUAUUGGCUGGUGAAGGAGGUUUCAUAUCUAGAUUUUGUUUUGCUUUUUCUGACUCCAGUGGGACAAGAUUUUCCUUUUUUUUAUACACAUAAUUAAAGUGUCCAUUGACAUGUACAGAGAACUAACACUAUUUUAUGCAGAUAUUUUUUUGUAGAUGAAAAAGCAUGUACAGUGUUCUGUUUAAUACUCAUACUUGUACAAAGAUAGUUGAGCCAGCAGACAUUGUCAGCAAAUUAAUUGGCAGCAGACUUAGGAAAUGAAUGUGUGUGGUUUUUAAAAGAAAAAAAAAAAACUAAAUAGCAUGUAUUGUGUCUUUUGCAUGAUUCUCUGGAUUUAAUUUGGUAUCACAGUCUAAUUUUUAUUCAUAAGCCAAUUUUUCUGCACUGAGCAGAGUCCUGCUACCUCAGUCAGUAUUUUUGGUUUGUCACUUCCUGCACCCUCAGCCUCUGUCACCCCCAACCCACCCCAGCCCGCUCGGCUUCUUCUGUAGGUCUGAUGGUUCUGUUUACAUCCAUCGUCACGAGAGGUUUGCCUGUCUCGCUUGUGCAGAAAACAUUGCUCCAGAUUCAAUCGACUGGGUUUCUAUCCCUUUGCCUAGUUUUUAAGGUUAUUUAUUUAAAUGUCUAAUGUAUUUUAUUGUAACAGACAUUGUUUUGCCAACAUUGCCUAUUCAGUGGCACUUCACAAUCUAGUUUAAAAGAAAAAUAAAACAUUUUAAAUGGACAGAGAAAAAUAACUGUCUUGUUCUUAAUGGCCUUGAACUACCUAUAAUCAGUUCAAAUUUCUGAGCUUCUCAGCUUAGAGCCUUAGUUUCCUGUUCCUGAGAAGAAGAAUCCUGUUCUGCUGCAUAGUAGGAUUUUAUUUAUAAUGUAUAGGCACGAUCUGUCAUAUGAUAUACAUUUACUCAAGUUUCUGCUGGCCUGUUGUAUGUAGGUUGGUGUAAGGGCAAGUGUGUGUGUAUAUGUGUGUAUGUUUUGUAAAAAUCUGUAAAUAGCACAUGACCAAAUGAACAUAUUGUAUAGAAAUAUUUUUAUUUGAAUAUGGCACUAACCACCACCAUGACUGAUGAGCAUUUGCGCAUGUUCAAGGUCAGUCUUAACGGCAGUGUGAGUCAUUAACAGUCCUAACUGUGGUGUUUUCCUCCAAUGCCUUCCAACAUCCAUCAACUAACGUGAGUAUCUUCCCUGUGGGAGUGGGGUGCUGUGGCCUGUGUACAGAUGGUGCCACUGAAUGAGAUGGCCCCUGUUCCUAGGGACCCGCCCGGCUCCUGUGUACACCAGGCAGCCACUUGUAAGGAAACGGGGAUGUUUCUCUAGUGUAGACACUGACCAGGACAGGGAUUCAUGUGACCUGGGAGAACCAGCUGUGUCCCCUCUAGUUCCAAAUUGAGACUUCACACAAACCAUGUCACAAGACUUUGGAUUUUCACUGGCUGAAGAAAGCUAGGAGAGCUAGCUGACCCUGCAUAGGCAAUUUCUAUCACCCUUCUAGGACAGACAUGGCUUAACCCUGUGCUGUGCAGAGGUUUGGGGGCUGCUACCUUCCUAAGUUGCAGGAGAAAGUGCCAGGUUCUGAGGGGACCCAUCAACUGACCCUGACUUGGAGCCCUCCAGUGCUGCAGGGAGCAGUGAUUCUCAGGAAGCAGGCACGUUUUGCAGUUUUGAACAUGAUGGAGUGGGUCAAACACAAAGGCACAACUGAGUUAAAAGACCAAAUCAGAAUGACAGCAUGCUGGGCCCUAUCACCAUGCCAAGAGAGGCUGGCCCCGUCAACUCUUCCUGAUGUGGUCCUUAGUUCAGUGUGAUGUCUACAAAUGAGUGGACCCCUAAAGGAGAUAAUUCUCAUCCCCAAUAGUGCUGUGUUGCUCAGUGUCCAGAGAGACUAUUGGGACCUGCUCAAUACCAACAGAUAAAAUAGACUAAACCACUGCUGCCCUGAGCCAGGGCCACUUGACCCCUGCAGCCACAAGCAAGGCUGACAUGUCUUCUCCUGGCCCACAUAGACCAAGGCCCACUGCACAGUCCCAGCCACAGGCCUCCUCCUGCAUGUAUUGAGCCCUGCCCUCGCCCAGCAUCAAGAAGGGACAACAUUUAUUGUGUCAGCAGCAUCCUCAACCGACUAGGGCAGUCUAGCCUGGAACUCUCGGCCUUGAGCUUUUCCCGAAUGGCCUCUUCAGCAAAGCUGUAUAAAGGUUCCACCCUGCAGCCCACUCAGCAAAAUUCAGGUGGUGCCUUCCCCAGAGAGCUAGCAGGGCUACUAAGGCUGGAGAAGGCUAGCCACUUCACAGCAGCUGCUACCACAGCACCCUCAAACUAGGGUCUCAGCCCAAUCAAUGGCACAGGCCUCAGGAGCAUUGGCUCGGUGCCUGCAGAGCCCCAUAAGCCAAGAAGCAUGGUUGCCCUUUGUCAUAAGCUACCAAAUUCCAUCAAGACCAACCCCUGCAAUUGGGAAGCCUUUAAAGCAGGGCCUGUAGCCCAGGAUGGCUGCCAUAGGAACGGGGAGGGAGCAGGAAGGCCUUCCCUCUCCUGUGCCAUACCACUCACUGCUCCACCUGCCUCACCCUCUGCAUGGCUCUCAGCCCUCCCUCGUACCUGACAUGCCUUCUAGUUUCUGCCUCCUGGAGCUUUGUUAGGAGCCGGUGGUAGGAGGCGGCCCAGGGCAGUCACCAAGCCACUGCUUCUAGAUGUGCCUGGGCAGCAAGCACCUCAGGACACUCAGUCAAAAAUGCUGGUUUUGCAUCUAGACCAAAUGCAAUGUUCUUUCUGUCUGUCCCUGUUGGUGUGUCUUGGGAAGUUGUUCUAACAUUGCUCUAUGUUUCAAAAAGCUGAUUUCCUCUCUCUUUCCUUUUCAGCAAUACUGGAGUAACCGCUUCCUAAACCAUUUGCAGAAAUGUAAGGGUGUUCGGGUGCGUGCAUGUGCGUUGUUAGCAACACAUCUACCAGCCCUCUGCAUGACUGAGGUUGGGGAAAAGAAAAAUAGAAACAGUCCCCAACUCACUGUGUGAUGUGGAGGAAAUGUGUAUUACCGGUGGGGUUCAAUCAAAUAAUAACAAAUGUACAAUUUAGCAUAAUCAGAGAGCCUCUCCAGAGAAGUUGGUUUCUUUGCUACAAGAAGAAUGAGGUUCUGAAACCUUAUCCAAGAACAGAAGCCAUCAGCCAAGUCUCCACAUUUCUCUGCAAAAUGUCAUAGCCUCUAUAACUGUAUGAUAUUGUAAUGCAUGCCUUCAGUUGUAAGUGGCCAGAUUGCUCUACAGUGACAUUGAAACAUGCUUUCUAAUUGGCCCUGUACAGUUUGCUUAUUUAUAAAUUCAUUUAAAACACUACAACUGUCGAAUGGUUACAACAUAGGCCUCCGGUCCUAACUUGAGUUGUUUUUAGGUGUGCAGCCAGCUGUCCACACUGUAUUAUUGUAACUUAUUUAAUGAAGUCAGAAGCAGUAGACAGAUGUUGGUGCAAUACAAGUAUUGUGUGCAUUUAUCGUAAUAAAGUGCUCAGCGUCAGUUCCGUUCCUCACAGCUUCUCACAGUGCAUGUUUGACUGUAGUCUGUAAAUAGAGGUCAGUUUCUGUGCUGGUAACAGGUAUUGCACAGACAUGAUUUCAGGUAAAUAAAUCUAUUCUACGAUAACCUAA